AUGGACUACUCGUUGCAGAACCACCGCUCCUUCAUCGGCUCCAAGGCGUCCGACCUGCCCUCGCCCGCGUUGAUCCUGAGCUUGCCGGUCAUCAAGAAGAACAUUGAGAGGUUGCAUCAAGAUGUGGAAAAGGCUGGAGUCACGCUCAGGCCGCACGUGAAGACACUCAAGAGCUUGGAAGUGACGCGUCUGAUGCUCGGAGAUGGGAAAUUCAAAAAGACGGUCGCUUCCACGUUAUCGGAGAUUCGUGGGCUAUUGCCCCUCGCCAAAGAGGGCAUCUUAGAUGAGGCCCAGGUUCUGUAUGGACUCCCUCCCGCCUCAGGAGCCAUCCCGUUCUUGAGCGAGCUCAGAAGCUCGGUCAAGAUCCUCCUGAUGAUCGACCACGAGAAGCAGAUCUCCCUGCUCGAGGAGUUUGCCAAGAAGAACCCCGAAGCCCCGACGGCGCCCUGGGACAUCUACAUCAAGCUCGACGUGGGCACCAAGCGCGCCGGCCUGCCCCUCGGCAGCGAGCGCCUCCAGAAGCUCAUCCGGCGCGCCGACGAGUCGCCGGCCGUCUCGCUGUACGGCUUCUACUGCCACGCCGGCCACUCGUACGGCUGCCGCACGCAGGAGGAGGCCGAGGGCGUCCUCGCCGACGAGAUCAACGGCGUGUUGAGCGCCGCGAAGCUCAUCGUCGGCGGGGACAGGAAACUCACGCUGUCCGUCGGGGCCACGCCGACGGCGCACGUCGUCGGCAGCCUGAAGACGGCAAUCCCGGCCAACGUGACGCUGGAGCUCCACGCGGGCAACUUCCCUACAAACGACCUUCAACAGGUCGCGACGGGCCUCGUCGCGGCCGAGGACCAGGCCAUCCGCGUCCUCGCCGAGGUGUGCAGCGUGUACCCGGAGCGCAACGAGGCGCUGAUCAACGCCGGGACCAUCGCCCUCUCCAAGGAGACGGGACCCUCCCCCGGCUUCGGCAGCGUGGUCGGAAAGCCCGGCUGGGCCGUGGUGCGCAUGUCGCAGGAGCACGGCAUCGUCGGGGAGGCCGAGGUCGCCGCCGCCGGAGCCGGCUCCAAGAACGCCGGGCCGGAGAGGAGGGACGUCGAGGCCAACUUCGAGGUCGGCGACCGCGUCUUCCUCAACGUGCAGCACGCGUGCAUCACGGCGGCGGCGUUCUACGUGUACUACGUCGUGGACGAGGACGAUGUUGUGCGCGACACCUGGGUGCCGUGGAAGGGCUGGUGA